UUCCCAGCCUGGCCUCCGUUCCCUCCUGCCUCCUCCCACCGCUGUUAUCAGAGAGAAACCCACCACCCACAGAGCCCCUCUAGGGUUAGGGUUUCUCUCUCUCUCUCUCUCUCUGAAUCUAGUUGAUCUGUGUUGUUUGUGGAUCCAAAAUGUCAAACAAAUCACCAUCUAGUUAUGGAACGUCCCCCACCACCGCCACCAGCAGCAGACGGCCGCCGCUUCCGCCGCCGCCGCCACCACCACCACCACCGUCAACCUUCAUCUCUCGCGCCAAAGCCCAGACUCAAUCCCUAAUGGCCACGCGCCGCCCAUGGAAAGAGCUCUUCGACUUCUCCUCCUUCUCUCGACCCUACAGUUACGCCGAGUCCAUGUCUCGAAUCAAAAAAAAUCUCUACUACUUCCGAGUCAACUACACUUUGGUGAUGCUGAUCAUAGUGUUCGUCAGCCUCAUAUACCAUCCCGUUUCGAUGAUCGUGUUCUUGGCUUUGUUCGUGGGUUGGUUGUAUCUCUACUUCUUGCGUGAUCACCCAAUUAUGUUGUUUAAUCGCACAAUUGAUGAUCGGGUUGUUCUUGUUGUGCUCAGUUUGGUCACUGUAAUUGCUCUGGUUUUUACUAAUGUGGGUUUGAAUGUGUUGGUUUCGCUGAUAAUUGGGGUUUUGAUUGUUGGCUUGCAUGCGGCGUUUAGGCUUACAGAGGAUUUGUUUUUGAAUGAGCAGGAGGUGGCUGAGGGCGGUUUGCUGUCGGUUGUUGGCGGCGAUCGGCCAAUGCGGCCGACUUAUACUCGUGGUUGAAUAUAUUUAUGGUGAUGGAAUUGGUUUCAUUGUUGGCAAUUUUGGGUCCUCAGAAUUCUAAUCCAAAAUGGGUAAUUUGGGUUUUCUCAUUUUUUGUGUGUAGCAAGUGUUAUAAUUAUUUCAAUGGAAUUUGGUUGUUUAUUGAUUUUUGAUUAAAUUGGCUACAAGUUUGUAUUUUGGCAGGU